AUGAGUCAAACAAGUCAAGGCACGGGGGAAGACGAGGCGUCACCACCCGCGGACUGGUCUUGCGGAACACCGAACGGGCGGAAGCGCACGCGGAUUCCGUCGGAACCGAUUCAGGAGUCCGCGAUGAGCGGCGAGAGCUCCGAGACGAAAGAAACUGAAUGCUUCGCUGGUCCCGCGUCCUCCGCGGGUGGCGCCUCUCAAGAUCUAAGCUCGUCUUCCGCCGCCGCGACUGCUGCGACUGCUGCGACCGCUGCGACCGCUAGCAACAGGCGGCAAGCGAAGGGGACCGCCGCCGCAGCCGCUUCUACCACCCCCGAGCGUUCCCCCCCUUCCGCCUCAGCGAAGGAUGCGCAGCACGUUGCGCGAGGCAGCCAUUCGGAUCAGCAGCAGCUCGUGACUCUCUUUCAAGCGCUCACGGCGCCGGGCGCGGAAGCUCCGCGCGGAGAGCUCGGCGGAGGAGCGGCGGGCGCGCGGCAGACGACGACGGCGGCGGCGGCGACGCAGCCGGGUUCAGGCGCGGCCGGCAGGAAUAUCUCCGUUCCCCCGCGCCACCCGCCCCCCCAUUCGGGUCGAAAGAACGCCGGUGGCGCGGAUCGGAGCGGGGCUGGCGGAACGAAAGCGGCUGCAGCGGCGGGUAGCACGGCGGGCGGCGUGGCUUCUGGGGGCUCGGGUGGAUCUGGCUUGGGAGGAGGUAGCUCCCCGGAUGCGGUCGCGCGAAGACGUCAGGGUGAAGCGGGUUCGGCGUUGGCGGAUAGACGAGCGCCACUGGAUGUCCCUGCGGAUGUACCGUCGGAAGCGCUAGCUGCGGCCGUUAUUGCCGCGAUCGUGCCCUCAGAAGGUGUUUUGCCCAAGAGAAAUAUUGCUUCGGGAACUUCAGGUGGAACACGCAACUCUCUAGGCGCGUGGUGGAGGUCCGGAUCUCGCGGCUCGGGAGGGACAGGGCGGUCAGCCGACCUCAACCAAUCUCUCGGUACUUCCGCAGAUCAAGGGGUUCCAGGCUCCACGUCCAAAUCAGGCUCGGUAGGUCGGUUUGUGGCUGGGCAGCACGACGUUCUCAUGGGGGAGGGCGGUGUGGGGGUCGGAAAUCCCUUGGUUCAGGAUACGCAGGGUGCUGCCGACGCUGCUCGGGUUUGUAACACCAAUCAGACCAGCAACACAACAGCGGGUGACAUAGUAGGCCGUAAUGUAAGAAAUGUUGAUGAAGUUAAUGUUGCAACAAGCGCUGCUGGUAACAUUGGAACGGCGACGGUUUUGCGUCAGUCUCAGACCGCAUCUUCGCCGACCCACCAUCUAUUCCACAGGCGAGCAGCGUCAUCGUCCGCGGUUCCAGCAGGUGACUUGGGUCGGGCAGACUUGAAUGUUGCAGAGCCGGCCGCACCUGCCGGAAGCGGCAGGAAGGGCAGCCCGACAAAGACUUCAGGCCUGGGAAAUGCUGGGUUUGGGCAGCUGCGGGCGCUAGCGUCUCUGCUGAAGCAACAACUGCCACUGCUGCAGAAGCAGCAGCAGCAGCAGCAGCAGCAGCAGCAGCAGCAGCAGCAGCAGCAGCAGAGCCAGUUGGAGCAGCCGCAGCACUUGCAGCAAUCCCAGCAGCAGCUGCAGCCACCACAAGAGCAGCAGCAGCAGCAGCUGUUGACAGCACAGGGAGAUAGGCAGGUGCCCGCGCGCCGCUCAGAUGUUUUUCAAGUGCAGAAGCUACCAGACGGCCUCCGUGCCCUCUUCCGAUCAUCCUCCACCUCCGGUGCCCCAUCCCCUAAGUUUUCAGCACAGCAGCAGCAGCAGCAGAUGCAGCAGCAGCAGCAACAGCAGCAGGUGCAGAUGCAGCAGCAGGUGCAGCAGCAGGCACAGCAGUGGAGGACGUGUGCUGAUGUAACAGCCUUCCUGCCCCCAGUCAAGUGUGGUCUGUUGACUAGUAAGGGAAAGUUAUCGCUUGCUGCCCCGAGCCUUUCCCAUACUAUUGUGUGCUUUGGAUUUCACCCUGGUCCCCUCCACUCUGGGUCCCCCUUUCUCCCCCCUUCCCUCCCCUUCCUCCCUCCCCUCCCCUCUCCCCCCCAGCCCCCACCCUUCCACCCUCUCCCCCCCCCCUCCCCUGCCUCCGACACCCUAUGCGCUGCUGAAGGGGCACUUGCCGUCGUUAUUCAAUACACCCUCUACCCCGAGCUCCUGGCAGCGGGGCAGCAGGAGGAGGCAAGUGCGGCGCUCUCGUGGGUGUUUGACAACAUUCACAGCUAUGGUGGGGAUCCCACGCGGGUCUUCCUGUGCGGCCACUCCUCUGCUAUGGUGGGGAUCCCAUGCGUGUCUUUCUUUGCGGCAACUCCUCUGGUGCGCCCGUUAACCCCUUCUUUACUCCCAGUAGUCAUUGACUCCCAUUAA